AUGGCCGAGCCUUUCUGGGCUGCUGCUGGGCCGUCAAGGCCUACACCCUCGAGCUUCGCCGCAAUUCCCGUACCCACUAACACCAAAAAGAAAAGGGGCCGCUUCUCUGGAGACAACAGCCAGAAUGCAGCUAGCUCGAUCCCUUCCAUCGUAAAUCCGCCCUCACCCGAGCUUGUGCCGAGGCAUUCCUCCAGCGCGAGCAGCUGGGGCAUCGAAGACCUCUCCGACUCGGACGGAGACUACGAUUGGCCCACACCUACUCUUUCGUCCACAUCUGCGGCUGCUGCCAGCAUGCUGCCCAACACGAAUUCAAACUUAGAUCGAGACGAGCUGGCCAGGUUUGCGAGGACAUCUAAGCGCGUUCGGCUUGAAACGCCAGAAGAUCAGCACACAUAUGGCCAGCUAGCUGGACUCCGCAUUGACCCUAGUGCACAAGCAGCAUCUGCGCCCAACGAGGCUUUCUUCGCAAGCUCCUGCAACUCGCGGUCCAACAGCGGUGUUGCUGGGGCCUUUGGACUCAGUACUUCCCUGGCCUCCACGCUCGGCACCAACGUCGAUGGGUUUGCGCACGCACCGCGUGUACCGCCAUCAAGUCCAACAAAGUCAGACGCAAUCUCCUCUUCUUUUGGCAGCUUAGCUGACAGGACCUAUCAGCAGGCAGUAGCACCAGUACCACCCACCUCGCCGAACGCCAUUGAAAGAUUCACCGCUCCACCAAGCUCGCCUUUGCAUUCGUACCACUUCGAUUCAACCGCAAUGUCGACAGUGAGAGCUACCUCGGCCGAUUUGGAGGACAGCGAUAUGCGACAGCGUCGAGGCGACCCAUCGAGCUACGAGGUGGAGCCAGAUCGUAUCAUCGUCACCAGCCUAGACGACACUUCGUCGUCCGAAGGCGAUGCAUCGAGCGAGACCGAAGGACAAAAGACGCCUGACGCCGACACGUCGACUGAGAGCAAGGACAGCUCCAACGAUUUUGUCAUCAACAACGAGCUCAUGGCCAAGCUCGAAGCACACAGCAGGGCGGUGCUCACAGGCACGUCGGAUAGAGACAACGCUGCGUCUGCUUCUCGGUCCGGUGGAGGAUCAAAUCCGACAAGCCGAUCUCGACGCUCUGGAAGAAGGUCAGGAGGCACCGCAGUCUCGAGUCUGGGUUCCUUGCUUAACAGCCGGCGACGAUCGGCACAAUCGAGUCCCGGUUCAUCGGGUUAUGCUUCACCCAUCAAUGCUGAGGAGGUUCGAGGUGCGCUUAUCUUGUGGAAAGAUCCCGAAGAGGUGCUCAAAACUACUUCUACCUCUUCCUCUUCCUCGUCAACGCUCAAGCCGAGCGGUCUGGCCUCGGUACCCGAGAAUGGUGCUACUGCCACAAGCUUCAUGAACCAGUCACCUGUUGCGUUCCAGUCGGGUUCAAGCCUCUCGCAGCGUCUAGACACUGGCCCGAGUCCCUUAGGCGAAAACCAGUCCGCUUCGUUCUCGACCCCUGGCAUGGCUUCGGUGCGGUCGUCUUGGCACGCUUCGGAAAGCCCACUGUAUGCACAGCAGUCAUCCUUAUCAAGCUCCUACUUUCCCGAGGCGUCACCACUCGAGACUCGCUCGGCCAAGCAUGCAUCGCAACAGAUUCCCGAGGCAUUCGGGUCAGCGGCUGCACAUGAAAGUACGAAACCGCGUCCACAUCAUGACACGACAGCAUUUGUGCAGGCUCGGCAUGCGCCAGGAUCAACCACCAACGACGUAAUCAACCAUACACACGGGCAUCCUUUCCAACAGCAGCUGGCGCCACACCAUUAUGGGCAUCACUAUAGCACGUAUUCGCACGACUUCUCGGCAGCAUUCCAGUCGCACGCUCAAGCAGCACAGCCAUCGUCUCACCGUGUUCACACUGCCGGAGCACAGCCGAUCGAUCUAUCUGGAUGCUUCGGUCCUGCCGAAGAAAUGGACCUGGACAACUAA